AUAUCAGCUGAGUGUAAAAUAGCCCGCCUGCUCGGCCAUGGCGAGAUUUUAAGCGCUGUUUCUGUGGGAAGAAGUGCGCCGUUGAAAUCCUGCACCCCAGAAUGUGUUGACGGUUCACCAGAGCGGAAGUGUUUGAGCGCGGUUCUCUGGUGGUGCGCGGUAGAUUGAAAGCAGCUGCAGACAAACUCUUGUAAAAAGUCAUGCGAAAAUGUCUCGACCAAUGGGAGACAGUCAUAAAAGGUUCUUACAAACAUUGAUGAGUAAUGGGAUCGUCAGUAGCCUCCAGGCAAAGGCACUUCAUCGACAUUGCUGUGAAACCCAUGGAGCACAUUACUCACCAGAUAGACUGGAUGAAUUCAUCGAUGUCAUCAACGCUCAACUUCAGCCCAUGUUCAUGCACAUCAGAAAGGGCAUGUCAGAAGAGGAUGGCCUACAGUAUUAUGCAUUGGUCAACAUGGCUGAAACGGACGUAACAAGAAUGUCCUCUGAUUAUGCUGAUAAUGAAUUGGAACUGUUCAGAAAAACGAUGGAUCUGAUUGUAGAUUCAGAGAAUGGUACUGCCUCCUCCACCGAUAUUCUGAAUUGUGCUGACAGUCUCAAAUCAAAAAAAAUGAAGAAGAAGGAGACAGAACAUGUACUGAAUAAAUUUGUUCAGGACAAAUGGUUAAACGAGAAACAAGGUGAAUACACUCUGAGCACUCGCUGCAUUAUUGAGAUGGAGCAAUAUAUGCGCAUGAUUUACCAAGACCUCAUCAAAAUGUGUUUUGUGUGCCACAACGUUGCCUUCCAGAGCCAAAUAUGUGAAAAUACAACCUGUGGCAUUAAGAUGCACCUGCCUUGUGUUGCCAGAUAUUUUAAAGGCCGUAGUGACCCUCACUGCCCUUCAUGCAAUGACUUCUGGACUCAUGAAAUUCCAGAAAUCCAACAGGCCCAAUCACAGGGCUCACAAAGCCAGUCUUCAUCUGCAGUGCCUGCGCCCAAUCCCACACCCUCCACUUCUUCUACACGCCGCUCCAGAAGGUCCUAACAUCGAGUUAGUUUGCCACACCUAGCUGUCAGGGUUUGGCUGUGAUGAAAAGCACAUCAGGAUAUUUUUUAGAACGUGCAAAAGGCAGCAAUCUCACGGAGAUAAGGUAGAGUGACAGUCAAAUGUUAUAAACUGAAAAAAGAGCCCUCCGACUUCUGAUUCUGAAGUGUGGAACCUUUAAAUGAAAUGUAAUGCCUGUACAGUUGAAAUGCCAUGUGUAAAGUGAACACUUCGAAAGGCACUCUCAACCCUGCUCGUGAUUAUUAAUAUUUAGACAUGUUGAUGUUCAGGAUAAGCCAGAAGCACAUUUAUUUACUUUUUCAUAACAUAUAUUUGUGUUUAAUUCAGAUUUGUAUUUGUAUAAUUUUGAAGUAAAAGCAACAUUUUCAGAA